UCCAGCAGCUCGAUCCGCAUUUGUUACGACAAACGAAAUAUUUGCAGACCAGCAUGCCUGAACCAGCGAAGUCCGCGCCCAAGAAGGGCUCCAAGAAAGCCGUCACCAAGACCGCCGCCAAGAGCGGUAAGAAGAGGAGAAAGACAAGGAAGGAGAGCUACGCCAUCUACGUUUACAAAGUCCUGAAGCAGGUCCAUCCUGAUACCGGCAUCUCCUCUAAGGCCAUGGGCAUCAUGAACUCCUUCGUGAGUGAUAUUUUUGAGCGCAUUGCCGGUGAGGCUUCUCGUCUGGCUCACUACAACAAGCGCUCCACCAUCACCUCCAGGGAGAUUCAGACCGCCGUCCGUCUCCUCCUGCCCGGUGAGCUGGCCAAGCACGCCGUGUCCGAAGGCACAAAGGCUGUGACCAAGUAUACCAGCUCCAAGUAGACUGCUUUACUGUAAACCAACCCAACGGCUCUUUUAAGAGCCACCCACUCCAACUAAAGCGUUAUUCUUACUAUCGA